UGCAAGCGUAGUCAGGCCGGCCGGGUCAAUAACAAUCGGGCAGGUAGGUACAGGGGGUCAGGCAGAGAAUGGUCGGGGUCACAAGCCAGGGAUCAAACAGGAGAAGUCAGCAGAGGUCCAGAUCAGGCAGGGUCAGCAACGAAUCAGUCAGACAGGAACAGGAACAGGGGCCCAUAGAAAAGCACACACCAAGGCAGAGACUGCAGGUCUGGCCAUCCCUUAAAUACACCUGCAUGAUCAGUUUCAGGUGUUUGGCUGGCUGCAGGGUUGAGUCUCUGAUUGCUGGGAGCACCCGCUGGCCAGCCCUGGUACUGCAGCCCACAAGGCAGGUGAGUCCCACCAUUACUGGCAAAUCCAUUCCUGAC